AAAAAAUAAUAUGAAAAAGAUAGAAAUAAGUUAAAAAGUUAAGUUGAAAAUCAACAGCAUCUCUAGAGUUAUAAUAAAACAAAUGAAGUAAAAAAAAAUAAAAAAUAAGAAAGAGAUAAAAAUAGAACGAGAAAUGGCUAUCUUUAACAAUAUUAAAAAGAUGAUACUGAUUUUCAAUUCUUUAUUUUUCUUUCCAUUAUUUGCUCUCCUUAGUCCUAUCUUGGUUUAUGACACUCUAAAGAUGGUGUUGAUUCUAAAAUUUUUUAAUUUAUCUUUGUCUUUCUCUUACUAUUUAUUCUUUUUGUCGACAUUAAUUUCACCUACACAUUGUAAUAUAAUUGUAUAGAAGAUUAUAUUACGUAUAUGUAUAACCAUAUCUACGCACGCGUGCAUAUAUACAAUAUCAGUUUUCCAUCAUGUAUCACAAUUAAAUUACUUUGCAUUCCUAUUGGGAUCACCUUUUUGGAUACAGUUGGUUACAUAGCUAAAGUAGAAGGAGUUUCUAUGCAACCAACUUUGAAUCCAGAUGAGAGGAAUCCAGAUUAUGUUUUUUUGAAUCGCCGAGCAAUUCGCACCCAAGAUAUUCAACGAGGUGAAAUAGUAACUGUUAAAUCUCCAAAAACUCCAGAACAAAUUUUGAUUAAACGUGUUGUGGGACUUUCUGGAGAUAUAGUACGCACACAUGGGUACCAGAAGGUCAUUGUUGGGUAGAGGGAGAUCAUAUCGGACGAUCUAUGGAUUCUAAUACUUUUGGACCUGUUUCUCUUGGAUUAAUAACAGCAAAAGCUACUUCCAUAGUCUGGCCACCUAGCC